UUGUCAAUAAUGGACACUCAAGAUUACACAAUUCUCUUUAUUAUUUGGUUACUCUCAACCCUCCUGGUUCGAGCCAUCUUAUCAAAAAUACGUACAAAAUCUCAACUCCCACCGAGCCCUAUAUCACUUCCAAUCAUCGGACACCUUCACCUUCUCAGACCAAUCCCUCACCAGGCACUUCACAAGCUAUCACAGCGGUUCGGUCCCUUAUUUCACUUGUCUUUCGGUUCUAUUCCUUGUCUUGUCGUCUCUUCUCCCGAAAUGGCGAAAGAAUUCUUGAAAACUCAUGAACUUUCAUUCUGUAAUCGCCCCUCGACGGUGGCGGUUCGUUGCUUGACUUACGGUGCUUCCGGCUUCAGUUUCGCUCCUUAUGGACCAUACUGGAGAUUCAUGAAGCAGAUAUGCAUGACUCAGCUUCUCGGCGGCCAAACACUCGACAGAUUUCUUGAACUUAGACGUCAAGAGAUUGACAUUUUCUUGAAACUCAUGUUGAGAAAAAGCUACGAAGUUCAAGAGGUUAAUCUUGGCGAAGAGUUGAUGACACUUUCGAAUAAUAUAAUUUCGAGAAUGACGAUGAGCAAGAGGUGUUCGACGUCCGAAAAUGAGGCCGGAGAUGUGAGGAAGUUGAUUGAAGAAGUUGGUGUGCUUACGGGGAAGUUUAACUUUCAAGAUUAUAUUUGGUUUUGUAAGAAUAUAGAUGUGCAAGGAUUUGGCAAGAGAAUUAAGAAAGUUCAAGUGAAAUUGGAUGCCAUGAUGGAAAGUAUUUUGGAAGAGCAUGAGGAGGCAAGGAUGAUGAAGAAAAAUGGUGGAUUAAUGGAUGAUAAUGAUGAUGCUAAGAAAGAUCUUGUUGAUAUAAUGCUGGAUAUUAUGGAAGAUGAGAGCUCAGAAAUGACAUUAUCCAGAGAAAGUGUCAAAGCUUUUAUCCUGGAAAUGUUUACAACUGGGACAGGCACAUCUGCAGGAGUAAUACAAUGGGCAAUGGCAGAGCUAAUAAACAAUCCAAACAUAUUCAACAAAGCAAGACAAGAGAUCGACUCCAUUGUCGGAACGAACAGACUCAUCGAAGAAUCAGACAUUCCGAAUCUACCUUAUCUCCAAGCAAUACUUAAAGAAACCCUAAGACUACACCCAUCCGGACCAUUAUUCACUAGAGAAUCAACCCAAGAUUGCACCAUUAAUGGAGGCUACAUCAUUCCAGCUAAAACCAGACUCCUUGUGAAUGUAUGGGCGAUUGGAAGAGAUCCCAACUAUUGGGAAAAUCCGUUAGAGUUUAAUCCGGAAAGAUUCAUGACAACGACAACGACGGGUUCUUGGAUAGAUUUUCGAGGGCAACAUUACCAUUUUUUGCCAUUCGGUAGCGGAAGAAGAAGCUGCCCCGGAAUUUCUUUAGCAUUGCAAGUUGUGGAAACUACAGUAGGGUGUAUGGUUCAGUGCUUUGAUUGGAAGGUUAAUAAUAAUAGGGUUGACAUGAAUGAAGCUGCUGGGAUUUCUCUCUUGAUGGCUAAUCCCAUGAUGUGUGUUCCUGUGGCACGUUUAGAAUAUCAGAAUAUCAUUUGUUGA